UCUCUCUCUUCUCCAUUGGCUCUGUUUUUCUAAAUUCAACUCUUUCCCUCUUUGCCUCUGCAAUCCAAUGGAUUCGACAUCCACGCCAACCACCACUGUCGCUAACACCAAAGAGAUAAUCAUGGAGAUUCCAGGCUUUGUCCGAGUGUACAACGAUAGCACCAUUGACCGUGUCCAAGACACUCCUAUUGUGCCACCCACCCUUAAAGAUCCAACCACAGGAACAUCAUCCAAAGACGUUGUCAUCUCCGAAAACCCCCUAAUCUCUGCUCGCCUAUACCUUCCAAAAUCGAUCCAACUUCAAUCCCAGAACCACAGAGUUCCCAUCUUGGUCUACUUUCAUGGUGGUGGAUUUUUCUUUGAAUCUGCGUUCAACCAACGCCACCAAAACUACAUUAACCUUUUCGUCUCUGCAACAAAUGCUUUAGUCAUUUCUGUGGAGUACAGGCUCGCCCCAGAGAACCCUCUUCCUGCAGCUUAUGAAGACUGUUGGGAAGCUCUCAAAUGGGUGGCCACCAAAACAGAGCCAUGGAUUCUGAAGCAUGGUGAUUUCGACAGAGUUUUCAUUGGCGGUGACAGUGCCGGUGGUAACAUUGUGCAUAACAUUGCCAUGCGUGCAGGGGUUGAAGCUUUACCUGGGGGUGUCAAAGUCUUGGGAGCUUUUCUUUCUCAUCCCUUCUUCUUCAGCUCAAAGCCAAUUGGAUCAGAAAGAGUUGAAGGGCAUGAACAGAGCGUGCCGUUUUUGGUGUGGGGUCUUGUUUAUCCUUCUGCGCCUGGUGGAAUUGACAACCCUAUGAUCAACCCCCUGGUUGUUGGGGCACCGAGCUUGGCUGGGCUUGGGUGUUCUAAGCUUCUUGUUUGUAACGCUGAAAGGGAUAUGAUGAGGGAAAGAGGGGUUUUGUAUUACGAGGCAGUGAAGAAGAGUGGGUGGCAAGGCCAAGUUGAACUGUUUGAAGUGGAAGACGAGGAACAUGCUUUUCACAUUCACUAUCCAGAAUCGGAAAAUGCAAAGAAAAUGAUGAAGCGCUUUGCUGAUUUUUUCACCCAGUAAAUGAAUUUCCUUUACUAUAUAUAUGGGUUUUGGUGAAGCUGAUUUUGAGGGAACACAAAACUACUGAAUGUUAAUGUUUCAAUCCAGUGUCAUCGAUGU